AAACAGCUCAGCCUUUCCAGCAGCAUGCAGGAGCCUCCCCCUCUGCUGCUGCACCAGACACAGAGGCAGACUCACGGGACACCCGAGACACCAUGAAGAGCCUGCUCCCUCUGGCCAUUCUGGCUGCACUGGCUGUGGCAGCCCUGUGCUAUGAAUCUCACGAAAGCAUGGAGUCCUAUGAAAUCAGUCCCUUCAUCAACAGGAGAAAUGCCAACACCUUUAUGUCCCCUCAGCAGAGAUGGCGAGCUAAAGCCCAAGAGAGGGUCCGGGAACGCAACAAGCCUGCCUAUGAGAUCAACAGGGAAGCCUGCGACGACUACAAGCUGUGCGAACGCUAUGCCAUGCUCUACGGCUACAGCGCUGCCUACAACCGCUACUUCAGGCAGCGCCGAGGAGCCAAAUGAGAGGACGAGGAAACCAUCGUUCUGCUCCCGAGCCUCGUUUUGUAUCCCCCUGCAGUAGCAAUACCGAAGUACACAGACACAUACGCAUUGCUUGUUUCCUACAUGACCUCUCGUCCGGCUGCGCUGCUCCUUCCUGUCCCCAGGUGGAAAGAAAUGAAAGAACAGUGUUAAGAAAUGUGUUUAUAUAUAAUAAAAUUCUGGUUUGAUACUUUCA